UGCUCGGUUUUCACACGCGCAGCUGCUUUUCGAUCGCCUCCUCUGUUUGUUUGUGGUAUAAGUAUAUUAUACUACCCCCGCCCACCCGUGAUCAACCGCCUCCCCGCGCGCGCCCCUUCAUCGCGAACAAAGAGUGGAAAAUUUCCGUAUCAGCUGAAAGAACCCUUUGGCAGCCAGCAACCAUAUCCAUAGGGCCCCGUAUCUCUGCGGCCCCCCGUAAACACCGGAUCCGUUGUAUCCCCCCACCUGGAUGGGUGUGAGGCGUAGUAUGCCAGUGAACUGUGCCAACAAGGACUGUCUGGGUCUCCGCAAGCGUGUCUGUGGUCUGCACCAAACCUGGAAGUGGCUCCAUCAGACGCCCGCCCUGCACGAAUACCUAAUCUCCGCCAGCUCCGUGGCUGCAAACACAUCCCGGACCAGCCGCACCGCCACAGUCUAAAGUCCAGAGCGACCAAAGCCAUUUAAAACCAAAACGAAUAGAUAGUAGCCCCCCCC